AGCCGCCUUUGAGAGCUUGGAAGCGGGCUGGCAGGGGCGGGCUUGCGGUGGCGGAGGAGCGGCGAGGAUGCCGCGGGCGAUCCCGGAGCGCUGACCCGGACUGUCCCCGAAGCGAGCGCGAGGACGGGGAGUCCGGGGAAGCAUUUGCAAACAUGGAUUCUCUUGGUCGCGCAAUUAGUAGGAAAAAGGAAGCCUAAACCUUUCAUUUUGACAGCAGAGUUACUGAUCAGUCUACAAGUGCAUGCUUGUGACUUGGAAGAUACAUUUAGGAGUACAAGCUGUGUUUUUCCACCAGCCAAGCAAUUGAGAAUGAUGCUUACUAGAGUUGGAUCCUGAUGCUUCUGCCUUUCAAGCUGGUCAUUCCUUCCACUGAUGAAGAUUAAUUUGAAUUCUUAUCCCGUUCUACCAAUGGUCCAUGGUGAAACUGUAAAGCCUUUAAGCUUGAUGGAUCAUUCUCCACAUUGUAAUCUACGGCACUGAUGGGCACAGUGAACAGAAUCUGAAUAGCCCACAACUGAGGGACUGCACUUACUACCUCCUACCAAUUGCAGAACAAUCCAUUAAAAAGUAAUUUCUAGGUCACUCUGGCUGGAAGCAGCAGCUUUUGUGCGGCUGGCAGUGGGGAAAGUUUAGAAAGGUCCUAGAUGUGAAUCAAUCCCAUGAUGCAACAUGUCUCCCCAGUGCCAUCUCUGACAAUGAUGGCCACACAGACUGUACCCCCUCCCCCUUAUCAGGAACCCCAACAGAUGACAGCCACAGCCCAGCAACCAGCAAAAGCACAGCCGGUGCACGUCAGCACACCCUCGGCGGCAGCCAAUGCUCCACUACCCAGCACUCCUAUCGACCCUCAGGCACAGCUGGAGGCUGACAAGAGAGCUGUCUACAGGCAUCCUCUUUUCCCCCUCCUGACGCUGCUAUUUGAGAAAUGCGAGCAAGCGACCCAGGGCUCGGAAUGCAUCACCUCUGCCAGCUUUGAUGUUGACAUUGAGAACUUCGUACACCAGCAAGAGCAGGAGCACAAACCAUUCUUCAGUGAUGAUCCUGAGCUGGACAAUUUGAUGGUGAAAGCUAUUCAGGUCCUCCGAAUUCAUCUCUUGGAGUUGGAGAAAGUGAACGAAUUGUGCAAAGACUUUUGUAACCGUUACAUCACCUGCCUCAAAACUAAGAUGCACAGCGACAACCUUCUCAGGAAUGACCUUGGGGGACCUUACUCCCCGAAUCAGUCCUCCAUUAACCUACACACACAGGAUAUGUUGCAAAAUUCUCCCAACUCCAUGACAGCCAUACCUGGCAACCCCCAAGGAAUUGUGGUACCUGCCUCAGCACUGCAGCAAGGGAAUAUCUCCAUGGCAACAGUCAACUCACAAGUUGUGUCAGGUGGAGCCCUUUACCAGCCUGUAACUAUGGUAACAUCUCAGGGCCAGGUGCUAACCCAAGCAAUACCGCAAGGGGCUAUUCAGAUCCAGAACGCACAGGUUAACCUGGACCUGACCUCUCUUCUUGACAGCGACGAUAAAAAGUCAAAGAACAAACGGGGAGUCCUCCCGAAACAUGCUACAAAUAUUAUGCGCUCCUGGCUUUUUCAGCAUCUUAUGCACCCCUAUCCAACAGAGGAUGAGAAGAGACAAAUAGCAGCACAGACAAAUCUCACACUGUUGCAGGUCAACAAUUGGUUCAUCAAUGCCCGACGACGUAUCUUACAACCUAUGCUUGAUGCUAGCAAUCCAGAUCCAGCUCCCAAAGCCAAGAAAAUCAAAUCCCAGCACCGGCCAACCCAGAGAUUCUGGCCCAACUCUAUUGCAGCUGGGGUUCUGCAGCAGCAAGGAGUCAACCCCGGGACUAACCCUGAUGGCUCCAUCAGUAUGGACAACCUCCAAACUCUCUCCUCAGAUAACGCCACUAUUGCUAUGCAGCAAGCCAUGAUGGCGGGUCACGAUGACUCAUUAGAUGGGACAGAAGAGGAGGAUGAAGAUGAAAUAGAAGAGGAGGAAGAGGAAGAAGAAGAGGAGGAGGAGGAACUGGAAGAGGAUGCUGAGGAGCUCCAGACAACUAAUGUUAGUGACCUUGGCUUGGAGCAGAGUGACUCACUUGAAUAGUGGAUUAUAGCAAUGGUGGAACAGUCACCGAGUGGAAAACGGUUGAACCUGCUUGCAAAACUCAUUGGCCUGAAUUGUAGAGACCGCCUGAGCACUUCCCUUUAACAAUAUGAUUCAGAUUCAACAAUAGAACCCAUUCUGGAUGUCCUACUUGACUUGCAUUCAGUUGCAAGAAUGGAUGUGGAAGCCCAUUGAACAUCUGCCAAGGGUUCCAAGCUGGUUAUUUAAGUGAAGGACACACGUUUACAAGGCACAUAUUGUGACUAGUUUCUUUCCCACUCUCCCCCGCCUUUGUUUUUGAUAACCAGGACAACAAAAGUGUUUUUAGAGUAAGCUGUUUUCUGUAUGACUGAAUGUUUUAUGGAAGUUCUAAUUCAAUGCCUUUUUUUUGUGACAUGCGGUUCAGAGGCACGGCUGUUUUCAUUUUCACUGCUUUUAUGAGAGAUUUAUAGAUGCAAAGAAGAAGAAGAAGAAAAAAGAUUGACGGUUUUUACAAAAAGAAAAGAAAAACUAGAAGGGAAUGAUUUAUAGAAAUGUAGGUGGGGGGAGGGAAAAUCAAACAUUUACAAAUGGGCAGAAAUUCAGCAAAGUUGAGAGUUGAGUGCCCUUUGCAAGUGGAUGUCUUGUGAGUUUUGCAGCUACAAGAAGGCAUACGGACUCAGGUGAAGCCCCAAGCCAUAGGUCUGUGCUUUGCAAUCAGUGUGACAAAUAGGUAACACCCUGUGAGCAGAAUCCUUUUUAGAGAAGCAUCGUGUUUGCUUUCUGAGUGGAACAUCGUGACAUUUUAAUAUCCCAAGUUGUUGCCUUGGUACAGCAUGUGAUAUUAGCUAACCAGAAAGAAUGUUUAGAGGCUUGCCAAUGCAGAUGUCAUUGGUUGAAUACAAGCAGGUUCCGAAUUCUAACAUUUGCAAAGCAGAAAGGGAUCCGUGGCAGAGAGAAUUCAAACAGAGAUCAGCAGAACAGCUAUCCAAUGGGGUGCAAGAAAUCAUAUGUUCACAAUCUCACUUCCCCGGAACUGCUCUCAUCCCUUUAUGUUGCUCUCCAGCCCACAAACUCUCAUAUGAAACAGCAUAUCACAACAUAUUACAGACAUUUAGAAAUGGGAUUCGUAAUAACGUUCCCCACUAGCAAUCACUGCUAAUCAUAGGUUAAGCCUACAAGCAGAGGCUGAUUUAAAUCUCCUUGUGGGCAUUAUCCCAGUACAGUGACUUCAUUGCCUACCACAAGGCAUGAAAAGUAGAUAUGGGGUCCCCCAACAUUUUUCAAGCUGUGAGCCAUUGGGGAUUUUGAAAUUAAGGAAGGAACCCUCUUGAGAACAUGGUGGACAAGCUCCCCACAGACAGAGUGUCAGAAGAUCUCUGACACAGAAAGGGCAUCACCUUUUGCGAAACACUGAUUGACCAGAAUGCCAUCUGCCACCCUCAUCCUAAGAGAGAUGGUGUCUACAAUAUCCCAUUUACAUUUAUCUUUGAAAGUCAGGCAUCCUUCCAAUCAAGACAUUGAGUGGCAGCCCAAAGCGUACUUAGAAAUACAAACAUUACUGGUGGCUUCGCUUUGCAUCACGCCGGUUCCUCAUUUAUUUAUUUUUUUAAAGUAAAACAAAUCAGAUAAUAUAAGUAAGAGCUUAACAGGAACCCAGGGGAGAAUCAGGUGAUGCUUUCCAUCUGGCUGCAGGCAUUUUUUUUUUUAAAUGACUGUAGUAUCCAUCAAUAUUGGGACUUGUUGACCCCGAACUCUUCCUUUUGUGGGAAUGUUUUCAAGCCAAUUCCAUCUGGCAGCUCUACCAUAAACAUUUGGCCUUAAGAA